AUAUUUGUCGGCCACGUCGGACACCACCGCUGAGAGUCCAGCUUUAUAAAAGAAUCUAUCGCAAUUUAGGAAACUCGUAUGUAGUAGUAGGUGGUGCCCAAUUAUACCUAUGAAGCUCCUCUGCAUCUCCUCUUUCCUCGCUUGAUUCAUCGCAAUUUUUCUGGGGGGUUUUAAAACAUUGGGAUGAGAUGAAGAAGAUCUUCGGAGGACCAGGAACUGUGUGUGGUCUCUUACUGAGAAUCGGACAAUGUGCUUCUUCUGCUGCUUCUAUUGGAGUUAUGGUCUCUGCGGCCGACUUCUCUGGUCGCACUGCUUUCUGCUACUUGAUUGCUUCAAUGGGUCUUCAAUUGCUGUGGAGCUUUGCCCUCGCGUGUCUUGAUGUUUAUGCUCUGAGGACCAAGAAAGAUCUCCAAAACCCAAUCUUGGUUAGCUUAUUCGUCGUUGGUGAUUGGGUGACAGCAAUGUUAUCUCUUGCAGCUGCGUGUUCAUCAGCAGGAGUUGUGGUUUUAUAUGCCAAAGAUCUCAAGUAUUGUGGUAUCCAUGACCAACUUUCAUGUCUUAGGUAUGAAAUUGCUGUGGCGCUUUCUUUCGUCACUUGGUUUCAGAUUGCCCUUUCUUCUCAUGUCACGUUUUGGAUCUUAGCAUCUGUUUAGUUUCUUUUAAAUGUCGACACCAUCUUGUACUGGCUUUGAUGAGACGUGACAUUUUUGCUUCAAAUCAAUGUUUCUUAAGCUUA